AAGAAUUAGGAUGGCUCUUGUUAUUACGAGUCUCUUAUAUCUUUUGUUCUCAGUAGCUCUGGUUCGUUCGGAUCAAGCUGCACUGUCUCUCACAUCUUUCAAGAUAAGUGGAAAUGUAACAUACGAUUGCAUAGAUAUUUAUAAGCAACCAGGACUUGAUCACCCACUUCUCAAAAACCAUACAAUCCAGAUUGCUGGAGUUAAGCAACACGGUGGUCCAUAUCAUGGUAUAACAGCUUGGCAUGAUGGUUAUAGCCUAGAUAUCGAACAAGAUCAAGCCUCAUAUAGUCAAAUGUAUCUAGGCAGUGGAUACUAUGGUGAAGUCAAUUUCAUCUCAGUGGGGAUGAUGAUAAAUCCAAGCAUUUUUAGUGACAGACGUCUUUGGUCAUAUGGAUAUUGGAAGGGUAAAAAUGGAAACGGAUGUUACAAUAUGGCAUGUCCAGGAUUUGUUCAAGUAUCAAGUGUGGUUCCCAUGGUCCAACCCUUUAACUUUAAACCUGGGGCUAAGGAAGUGUUGCAGUGGUCUAUCGCUAAGGAUCAACAAACAGGAAACUGGUGGAUUAUACAAAAUAAACCUAAUGCAUUUAUCGGAUAUUGGCCAAAAGAGUUGUUUCACCUUAUGGAUGAUGGUGCAAAUAUGGUCGGAGUUGGAGGUGUAGCUCAGGCUUCACCUUCUGGUUUAAGUCCUCCAAUGGGUAAUGGAAAAUUCCCGGCACACGGUCCUCUGAGAGCAGCAUUGUUUUCAAAUGUUGAUGUUUUGAAUUCUAAGUAUGAGAAACGUAGAAUCAAUACUCUUCCUGUAGAGGAGUUGCUAGAUAGUAAAUGUUAUGGGCUAAGAGUUGGUAAGAGAGUCAAAUUUUGGACUACUCCACUCGGAUUCUUUUUCAAUUAUGGUGGUCCGGGAGGAAUAUCUUGUGGAGUUUGA